AUGGGCACAUCAGAGCGGCGUAUUGAUCUUGCAGCCUACGAUGUCAGGGAAGUCAGCGAUUUCGAUGGAAAGUUCGAGGCAAAAGGCCUGGGAAGCCCUGGCGGCGGACUUCUCGGCCCUGGCCCUGUGCCGGAGGUGAAGGCACCUCCACCACCGAAGCGACCUCCUGCGCCAAAGAAGCCGACGCUGCUGAAGUUCGAGCCCGAGAUGCCCAAGUACUCGGACAAAUGCGUCGGUUACGGUGACUUGUGGAAGAAGGUGCAGGAGACGACCGUCGACGAAGCGGGAGAUCCCCAGUCCAAUGCCAACGAGCUGGAGACCGAAGACGAGGCGGCCUCUGGAUACCAGGACGCGCAUCCCUGCGAUCUCGCCGGGGCAAUCGGCGGGAUCUCCAGCAAAGACAACGGAGGCGACGGAAAGCCGCUCAAGAAGCCCCUCACAUAUGACAGCAUCAAAGGCUGCUUCGACCGGAAUGGUAAAGGGGCCGCAAAGAUCGCCAAGGCGCAGUCCUAUGUGGACGCCCUCAUUGCUGGCAACUCCCUCAAUGCCGCCAUUGGCCAAGCGCUUUGCACCUGGAUUCCGACUGCGGUCGUGGCUCCUUUCGCUGCCGGCCUCAAAUGGAAACCUGGGCAGAGCUGCAAAGCUGGCGUCGCCGUGGGAGUCAGCGUGGUCUUGACCAUGAAGAACCUGGCCUUCCAGACGGCGAAGGAAGUUGUCGCGCAGAACCAAGCGGCAGAUUGCUCGCCAGUUCCAGCCAUGCUCUCCCGCCUCUUCUGUGAUGUGCACUGCGUGCGGGAUGCCGUCGUGCGAGGCGACCGGACGAUCCUCCGCAACUUGAAGAAAGCCACUGACAUCACCAACGGCAACAACGAGAAGCUCGCGGAUUGGAUCGUGAAGACCGCGCAGCUGGAUGCCGGCUGGCUCGGUGAGAAGAUCGACCAUCAGUCCUUGGUCCAGUCCAUCGAGCAGCAGAAGGAGUUCGCCAGUCUCCAGGAGGAGUUCAGCGGGAUGAAGGAGCUGCUGAAAGGUGGCGACAAGAAGAAGCUGUUCCUGGAGAUCAAGCAGCAGACCCACCAGCUCGAGUCAGAGUGCUCCCAUACCUCGGGUAUCACGGUGCGGCAUAGCUUUGGCGUAUGGCAGAAAGCGCUGAAAGGCUACGUCGACGGGGCCUCCUUCAGCCGCGCCUCGACCCUGGCAGCGAACGACGCCCUGGAGAAGUUCGUUGCCGAUGGCCGCUUGGGCUUGGUGAGGUGCGAAGGCAAGUCGUUCGUUCAAGAUGGCAACAACAGCCAUCACGUGUUCCAAGCCUUCGACAGCCUGUUGACGUUGAGGUCCAAGCUCAGGAGCGCGUCGGACAAGCGCUCGAAGGUCGAACACGUGGCGCAGCCCCUUGGGCCUCUGGAAGCGACAAAACACCUGUCCAAGGAGAGAGCAAAGCUGGUGCUCUGGUGUCAGGUCUCCAGUCCGUCCAUGGGCAUCUCAUGUGCAGCGAGACACUUUGGGAAUUUACCAGAUGCAGCUUGGCUCAGCGUGUCGGUUCGCAUCGUUUUGCAGGGCAUGGAGAUGCGGGAGCGCCAUGCGAUUCUCUUGGACAUGGAUCGCCACUUGGAUUCAAGGACUUCCUCUUUUGUGUUAUAG